CUCCUUGGCCCCUCCCCUCCCAUUUCCCCUAUAGUUUCCCCUAUAUUCCCGUCAUUCCCUCCCCGUCCCCAUAUCACGAUGCUGCGCUGCGUUGUGCUCCGUGCUCAUCUAUGGGGCGCAGCCCGGGGGGACCGACACAGCGACCCCGUAACCAGUGUGAGCUUCAGGGGGGUGAAGAAGAAGACAAAGGUCAUUAAGAACAGCAUCAAUCCUGUAUGGAACGAGGGCUUCGAAUGGGAUCUGAAGGGCAUCCCCUUGGACCUGGGCUCUGAGCUUUGCGUUGUGGUGAAGGACCAUGAGACUGUGGGGCGGAAUCGGUUUUUGGGGGAAGCCCGGGUCCCAUUGCGGGAUGUGCUGGCAUCAGCCAGCCUGGCGGCCUCGUAUGAUGUCCCGCUGUUGGACAGCAAGAAGCAGAACACUGGGGCUUCCCUCAUCCUUCAAGUCUCCUACAUCCCCCCUCCGGGCGCUGCCCCCCUCUUCCCUCCCCCAGCCCCCCCCGAGGCAGCCCCAGCAGCGGCGGCAGAGCCCGACACACUCACUGGUAAUGUGGGGGCUCCACGGGGGGACGCGCCCCCCAUAGCCCACCCCACAGAGACCCGGGACCCGCAGCAACCUCCCUGCCUCCCCCCCCGCGCAGAAGUGGCCACGGAGGAGGAGGGGGAGGAGCAGGACCUGGCGGGGACGGGGGACGAGGUGGAGCCCCCCACCUCGGGGGUCUCGGAGCCCCCCCAGCUGCCCCACAGAACGCUGCCCCCUCGUGGCCGUGGGGUGAAGCGCAGGAGGAGCGCGGCCAAGAAGCCGCUGUCCAACAAGGCGCAGGACUUCCAGAUCCGUGUUCGGGUUCUGGAGGCGCGGCAGCUGCCCGGCGUCAACAUCCGCCCCGUGGUGAAGGUGACGGCGGCGGGACAGACCAAGAGGAGCCGCAUCCGCAAAGGGAACAGCCCCCGGUUUGACGAGACCUUCUUCUUCAACGUCUUCGAGUCUCCGGCCGAACUUCUCCCUGUCUCCCAGGUGGACGUUGAGAGCAUCUACUCGGAGCCGAGACACGCCAUCCUGCGGCGCUGGCUGCUGCUCUCCGACCCCGAGGACUUUGCAGCGGGGGCAAAGGGGUACCUGAAAGUCAGCCUGGUGGUACUGGGACCUGGGGACGAAGCUCCUGUAGAGAAGGAGGUGUCUGAGGACAAGGAAGACAUCGAGGGGAACCUGCUGCGUCCCACGGGGGUCACCUUGCGGGGGGCUCAGUUCUGCCUGAAGGUCUUUAAGGCUGAAGAUUUGCCCCAGAUGGAUGAUGCCGUCAUGGACAACGUCCGUCAGAUCUUCGGCUUCGAGAGCAACAAGAAGAACCUGGUCGACCCGUUUGUGGAAGUCAGCUUUGCAGGGAAGACGCUCUACUCGAGGAUCCUGGAGAAGAACGCCAACCCGCAAUGGAACCAGUGCCUGACGCUGCCCGUCAUGUUCCCUUCCAUGUGCGAGAAGAUGAGGGUCCGGGUGAUGGACUGGGACCGUCUCACGCACAACGAUGUCGUCGGCACCUCUUACCUCUGCAUGUCCAAGAUCUCUGCGCCCGGCGGGGAGCUGGAGGUGGACGACGGGCUGGGCUUCCUGCCGACCUUCGGCCCCUGCUACGUCAACCUGUACGGCAGCCCCCGCGAGUUCACCGGCUUCCCCGAUCCGUACGAGGCGCUCAACUUAGGAAAGGGUGAGGGCGUCGCGUACCGCGGCCGCGUGCUGCUGGAGCUGGAGACCAAGCUGGCGGAGCACGGGGAGCUGAAGGUGGAGGACAUCAGUGCGGAUGACGUCCUGCGGGUGGAGAAGUACCUGCGGCGGAGGAAAUACUCCCUCUUUGCUGCCUUCUACUCAGCCACCAUGCUGCAGGACGUGGACGAUGCCAUCCAGUUUGAGGUCAGCAUUGGCAACUACGGCAACAAGUUUGACAACACCUGCUUGCCCUUGGCCUCCACCACGCAGUACAGCCGGGCCGUGUUCGAUGGUUGCCAGUAUUACUACCUGCCCUGGGGCAACGUGAAGCCCGUGGUGGUGCUGUCCUCCUACUGGGAAGACAUCAGCUACCGAACCGACGCUCAGAACCUCCUGCAGCACGCGGCGGACAGGCUGGAAGCCAACCUGGAGCGGAUCCACGUCGCGCUCAAGGCCAACAGUGCACCAGGGGAGCUGGAGACCCUGGGCAGCCAGCUGCUGGACGACAUCAUUGCAGACUGCAGUGUUCCGCUGCCUGAUGUGCUGGGGAAGGCGGCCAGCACCCACCUGGACCAGAACCUGUUCCGUUUUCGCAGCACCAACCUGGAGCAGGUGGUGCAGGUGGCUCUGAGGCUGAAGCACGAGGAGCUGAGCCUGCAGGCCGUGCUGGAGCAGGCAGAGGACUGGCUGUGCCGGCUGCGUGCCAUGGCUGAGGAGCCCCAGAACAGCCUCCCAGACGUGGUGAUCUGGAUGCUGCGGGGUGAGAAGCGCGUUGCCUACGCCCGCGUGCCGGCCCAUCAGGUGCUCUAUUCCCGCGGCGGCCCUGGAUGCUGUGGUAGGAACUGUGGGAAGCUGCAGACCAUCUUCCUGAAGUACCCCCAGGAGGAGGCGAUGGGGCCACGAAUCCCAGCCCAGAUCCGCGUCCAGCUCUGGUUUGGGCUCUCUGUAGAUGAGAAGGAGUUCAACCAAUUUGCCGAGGGGAAGCUCUCUGUCUUUGCUGAAACCUACGAGAACCAGACCAAGCUGGCGCUGGUGGGGAACUGGGGCACCACCGGCCUGACUUACCCCAAAUACUCCGAUGUCACCGGCAAGAUCAAGCUCCCCAAGGACAGCUUCCGACCCUCCACAGGCUGGACCUGGGCUGGGGAUUGGUUCAUCUGCCCAGAGAAGACGAUGCUGCACGAGGCGGACGCGGGGCACCUCAGCUUCGUGGAGGAGGUGUUUGAGAACCAGGUGCGGCUGCCGGGCGGGCAGUGGAUCCACAUGGCUGAUGCUUACACCGAUGUGAAUGGGGAGAAGGUUCUGCCCAAGGAUGAGAUCGAGUGUCCGCCGGGCUGGAAAUGGGAAGACGUGGAGUGGGACACCGACCUCAACAGAGCUGUGGAUGAGAAAGGCUGGGAAUACGGCAUCACCAUCCCCCCGGACCGCCGGCCCAAGGCCUGGGUGCCGGCGGAGAAGAUGUACCACACCAACCGGCGCCGGCGCUGGGUGCGACUGCGCAGCAGGGACCUGGCACAGAAGGAGGCCGUCAGGAAGCACAAGCAGGAGGAGCAGGAUGGGGAGGGCUGGGAAUACGCCUCGCUGCUGGGCUGGCGCUUCCACCUACGGCCGCGUCGCACCGAUGCUUUCCGCCGCCGCCGAUGGAGACGCCGCAUGGAGCCGCUGGAGCGCACCGGGGCGGCUGCUGUGUUCGCCUUGGAGGGGGCCCUGGGAGGGGUGACGGAUGAUAAAAGUGACGAUGGCAAAUCCGUCUCCACGCUGAGCUUCGGCGUCAACAGACCCACCAUCUCCUGCAUCUUCGACUAUGGGAACCGCUACCACCUGCGCUGCUACAUGUAUCAGGCACGGGACCUGGCUGCCAUGGACAAGGACAGCUUCUCGGACCCCUAUGCCAUCGUUUCCUUCCUCCACCAAAGCCAGAAGACAGUGGUGAUCAAGAACACCCUGAACCCCACCUGGGACCAGACGCUCAUAUUCUAUGAGAUAGAGAUCUUCGGGGACCCCAAGAACGUGUCCGACUGCCCUCCCAGCAUCGUGGUGGAGAUCUACGACCACGACACCUACGGCGCUGAUGAGUUCAUGGGGCGCUGCGUGUGCCGGCCCAGCCUGCAGCGCUCACCGCGGCUCUCGUGGCAUCCCGUGCUCAAAGGAGGCAGGAACGUGGGGGAGCUGCUGGCGGCCUUCGAGCUCAUCCAGAGGGAAAAGCCGGCCAUCCACCACAUCCCUGGCUUCGAGAACGAACUGUCCUCUGCUCUGGAUGAGUCUGAGGACUCCGACCUGCCCUACCCACCACCUCAACGGGAACCCAACAUCUUCAUGGUCCCCCAAGGGAUCAAACCGGUCCUGCAGCGCACGGCCAUUGAGAUCCUGGCCUGGGGGCUGAGGAACCUCAAGAGCUACCAGCUGGCCAGUGUCACCUCGCCCAGCCUGCUGGUGGAGUGUGGGGGGCAGCUGGUGCAGUCCUGUGUCAUCAAGAACGUCAAGAAGAACCCCAACUUCGACGUCUGUGUGCUCUUCAUGGAAGUGCGUCUGCCCAGCGAGAGCCUCUACAGUCCCCCCAUCAUCAUCAAAAUCAUCGACAACCGUCCGUUCGGCCGCAGGCCCGUGGUGGGGCAGUGCACCAUCCGCUCCCUGGAGGAGUUCUACUGUGACCCCUAUGGGGAGGAGACGGACGGUGCCCAGGAGCAUGCAGAUGAUGUCAGCCUCACACCCAGGGACGAUGUUCUCAUUGACAUUGAUGACAAAGAGCCUCUCCUUCCCACCCAGCUUGUGGAGGGCAUGACCAGCUCAGCGCUCAUUAACCCGCCAGCUUCUAGGUCCGAGCCUCAAGAGGAGGAAUUCAUCGACUGGUGGAGCAAAUUCUACGCUUCCACGGGAGAGAGGGAGAAGUGUGGCUCCUACCUGGAGAAGGGCUUCGACACCCUGCAGGUCUAUGAGACGGAGCUGGAGCGCGUGGAGGCCUUCGAGCAGCUCUCUGACUUCUGCCACACCUUCAGGCUGUACCGCGGCCGGGCGCAGGACGCCAGCGAUGAUCCCUCAGUUGUGGGCGAGUUCAAGGGUUCCUUUAAAAUCUACCCUCUGCCCGACGACCCGCGCGUGCCGCUGCCACCACGGCAGUUCCACCAGCUGCCAGCCAGGGGUCCCCAGGAGUGUCUCGUCAGGGUCUACAUCAUCCGUGCCUUUGGUCUGCAGCCCAAGGAUGCCAAUGGGAAGUGUGAUCCCUAUGUGAAGAUUUCCGUGGGGAAGAAAUCCAUCAGUGACCAAGAAAAUUACCUCCCCUCUACGCUAGAGCCUGUCUUUGGAAAGAUGUUUGAGUUGAACUGCACUCUGCCCCUGGAGAAGGACCUGAAGGUCACACUCUACGACUACGACCUCCUUUCCAAGGAUGAGAAGAUUGGGGAGACCGUCAUUGACCUGGAGAACCGGUUCCUGUCCAAAUACGGGGCGCGCUGUGGGCUUCCCCAGACCUAUUGCAUCUCUGGGCCCAACCAGUGGCGAGACCAGCUCCGACCCUCCCAGCUGCUCCACCUCUUCUCCCUGCAGCACCACUGCAAGGCUCCCACCUACAUGUCCGACCGCCUCAUCUUCCGGGAGCAGGAGUACAUCCUGUCCGAGCUGGAGGAUGGGAAACCCCCCAACCCUCACCUGGGGCCGGUGGAGGAGCGGCUGGCCCUGUAUGCACUGCGGAAACAAGGGCUGGUGCCGGAGCACGUGGAGACCCGGCCCCUCUACAGCCCCCUGCAGCCAGAGAUCGAGCAGGGAAAGCUACAGAUGUGGGUGGACCUGUUUCCAAAGUCCUUGGGUCAGCCUGGCCCCCCUUUCAACAUCACACCGCGCAAAGCCAAGAGGUUCUACUUGCGCUGCAUCAUCUGGAACACCAAGGACGUCAUCCUCGAUGACCUCAGCAUCACCGGGGAGAAGAUGAGUGACAUCUAUGUCAAAGGCUGGCUGGUUGGCCACGAGGAGAACAGGCAGAAGACAGAUGUGCACUACAGGUCGAUGGGAGGAGAGGGCAACUUCAACUGGAGAUUCAUCUUCCCCUUUGACUAUCUCCCCGCUGAGCAAAUGUGUUGCAUUGCAAAGAAGGAGCACUUCUGGAGCCUGGACAAGACAGAAAACAAGAUUUCACCACAGCUGAUCUUCCAGAUCUGGGACAAUGACAAGUUCUCCUUCGAUGACUAUUUGGGCUCCAUCCAGAUGGAUCUCAACAAGAUGCCCAAGCCUGCCAAGACCGCUGAGAAGUGCUCCUUGGAGCUCAUAGAUGACAGCUUGUCUGCAAGCUGCUUUGUCUCCCUCUUUGAGCAGAAAACUGUCAAGGGCUGGUGGCCCUGCACAGCAGAACAGGAUGGGAAGAAGAUCCUGGCAGGAAAACUGGAAAUGACUUUGGAAAUUGUGGCUGAACACGAGCAUGAAGAGCGGCCAGCUGGCAUGGGUCGGGAUGAGCCAAACAUGAACCCCAGGCUGGAGGACCCCAAGCGCCCAGAGACCUCCUUCCUGUGGUUCACCUCCCCAUACAAGACCCUGAAGUACAUCCUGUGGCGCCGGCACAAGUGGCUGCUCAUCCUGGCCAUCGUGCUCUUCAUUUUGCUGCUCUUCCUUGGGAUCUUCAUCUACGCCUUCCCGAACUACGCUGCUAUGAAGCUGGUGAAACCAUUCAACUGAAUGCCUGGAUUUCAGCAGGACGCUGCAGCCCAGGACACAGCCACGUGCCUUUCCCCAACGCAGUGUGCAUUGCAGCCCUCACCUCAGGAGCAGCACGUGAACCGAACCUCCUCUGCAGCAGUUCUGAUUCGGCUUCUUUCUCCUCCUUCUGUUUGGUUUAAUUGUGGUCGGUGCUCAGAUGCAAAGCUGGGAGAGCUCUGGGGAGAAAAGGACCUUUUUUGUGGGCUGUUUAUUAGGGUGCUUAUGGAGGAGUGCUGGCUGCAAGGCAGCCACGAUCUCUCAGGUCAUGAGCAGGUUUUUCUUGGCACCCUGCAGCAGCCUCCCUUUGCCUCUGCUGUGCAAUGUGCAGUUGUGCAUUUGGAGCCUGUUCUCCCCCAUCCUCAGUCCUGUGUGCCCCCAUCACCUUCCCAGCCAAUGCUGCAGCAGCGGAGGACACGGAGCAGCCCAGGAGCAAUGCAAUGCAAUGCAAUGCAAUGCAAUGCAAUGCAAUGCAAUGCAACGGGGACUUUGCUUCUCUCCUGCUGUGUGCAACCCUUGCACUGCAGCUUGGUGGCUGAUUGUUUUCCACCUUUUGCUUAAGCCAAGCAGUGCAACACCGGAGCACAGUGCAUGCUGCUGCUGGGUUCUAGCAGAGCAGACCUUGGGAAGCACAGCUGUUUGCUUUGUGCUUUGCAAACAGGGCACGAUUAGUGCACAUCAAACAGGUUUUGCACAGCACAGAAGGUGUGAACGGUGUUGCUGGGGCAUUGCUGCUUUCUGCUCCUCCUGCAAUCACUGAUAAGCACUGAGAGCGGGUUCUGCUGCUGCUGCUGUGACACAUGGGAGGAAGCAGCAGAGCAAGGUGAUCCCAGGGGAUCUGUUUCUCAGGACAAACAGUGCUGGCAGCAGCUCCAGUGAGGCGCUUAAUCCUGUUCUUAGCGGCAGAUGGUGGGAAAAGCAGACGGCUAAUUGCUUUGCUGGCGGGGAUGUAACGCAAAUCCCGUGCUGCUCAGUGCUGUCACAGCGCCCGCAUUGCUCAGGGCAGCUCUGCCAGCGUGAGGACAGCACUGAGCAUAAGGAAUGUUUCCCAUCUUGGUGACCCCCUCCUGUUUCAGAAAUGCAAUCUCAGUGCUGAGAGCCCCAAAGAGAUGAGCAGCCUAAAGCAGUGCUCCCAUCCAACCAUGGAUGGUUCUCAUCCAUCCCAUUGCUUCCACCAGAGAUGAGCAGCCCUACCAAAAUACGUCCACCUGUCCCUUCUCCAGAGCCUGUCCCAUCUCAAAGCCCUAUUUUAUUCCUUGAUGCUUUCCAGCAGCUCUUCCCUUGCAAUCCAGAGUGGGUUGAUAGUGAUGGAAAGGGAAAGGGCAGCAUCACUACAUCCAAUCCUCUCCUUCCCAGUCUGGGCUGCAGAGCUGGGUUUCAUCCGGGGGCUGUGAUGGAUAAAGGCAGUUCUGAGCACCUGCAAACAUCAGCCCAGUCUCGUCGUCUCUCCACCAAAGCCAGCCAAGAGGCUGGACCUGUGUAAAGCCUUCUGCUCUCUAUGCCUUAUAUAUAUAUAUAUUUAUAUAUAUCACUGAUUUUACUGGUUUACAAAUGAAAUAGCUCUAAAACCUUC